AUGCCCAUGAGCCUGAGGAAGACAGAGAAGGGGGCAAAAAAUUUGACUGCAGGACAAGAACCUGAUCAAAGAGAAAUCCCACUCCGGUCCGCACAGCUGCUGAUUGUGAGAAUGCGCAAUGUCUCCUCCAAGACCUGCCAUGCUUUGGGCUGGGCAUGCACCUGGGGUGUAGCCUAUGAAGUCUGUGGAGAACAAAUUGCUGCAUCACUGCAGUAUCUGAACAUGCGAGAAGCUGUCCUGGGAGGCUAUGACACCAAGUUGGUGAAGUUCCACCCACAGGAUAAAGAUGCAGGUGAACCCAUCUUGGCCCUUGUUUACAUUGCAACGCCACAGAACCCUUCUUACCUUGGCCCAGCAUCUGAAGAAGACAUUGCAGCUCAAAUCAUUGUCUCAAGUGGUUGUGCUGGCCAUAACAUAGAGUACUUGCUGAGACUAGCGGACUUCAUGCGCUACUUCUGUCCUCAAGCAGAGGAUGAACAUCUCUUCUCCAUUGAAGAGGCUCUUAUUUCUAUUCUUCCCUGCCUAUACUGCACAGAGGAGUCCCUAGAAGAGACUGCAGAUGUCCCUCAGAAGCCAAGGGCUGAAGCAGAAAACUUGCAGGGUACCAGUAAAAUGGAAAUAAGGGAGAAAAAUGGGACAGCCUUAAUUCCAACAAAAUAUACUGGACUGGGUAAAUAAAGGGAACCUUAGCAAAUAGUAGGGGAGGAAGUGGAGGAGCUGUAAAGCAUGUUUGCUAUGGGACUUGCAAUUAGUAUGCCUGCUACACUCCUUACCUGUAACACUAAGAUAGCUAUUGCUGCUUUCCUGCUGGGGAGCAGGGGUCUUGGCUGGUAGAUAAUCUUCUUCUGUAAGGCUUGCUUUGGGGGGUCAAACCUGAAGCAUUCACUCUUUUCCUCUGAAAAGAAGCUUGUCUCUUCUGUGUACUUCCUUCCCUUUUUUCUUUUCUUCUUUCUGAAGACCAGUUGAGCAGGACUUGACUGGGCUUAAGCAGUCUAUAUGUAAUUCUACCUCAGGCCGGCAAAGCUGCCUGUGUGGUGGUGGAGACUUGGGCAGGCUCUGCUAAACAAGACCCCCUAUUUUCCCCUGUCCCACCUCCACUACAAUGACCUGACAGUAAAUGUCAGGAUUUCUGUGCAAUAUUGAAUGAACUUGCCUCUGUAGGUCCUACUUCCUUAUGUUGCAAAGGAUCAGAUGAAUGCACUUAUUUUCUAAAAUGUCGUGUCUUAUUUAUUAUAUGUUGCAUGCUCCCUUAGGAGGGAUGUCUGAACUGUUUAUUUACAUGCCACACUGGUAUGUGGUUCACAUUCAACCUUGCAUUUGUGCCUUCUAGUUUUAGAUCAGUUUUCUGAGGAACUAAGCCUGCUUUAAAGACAGAAGCUUUUCUCCAAGCCUCACUGACUCUGUGCUGCUACAGUCUUAACUGACUUGAUAAGAAGUGGUCCUACCUGUGUGGAAAGUCUGUACUGUCUGCAGGAAAGCUGUCUGGAUGCUGCAGCACUCUAACCUUGUGCUGGAUAAGCCUAUUAGGCUUCAGGAUAGUAUGGGUUUCUCUAGAAAGCAUUUGAAGGUUCUAGUUUCAUACCUAGGUGUCUAAGCAAUCCCACUUGUAUAGUACACUCUCCUUUGACUACAAAGGACUGUGACUGAGCAUAUUUGCAAGCCUUUGAGUUAUCUAGAAGCCUGCUUCCAUCAUGUUAAACAGGCAAUGCUGCAAGCUCAGGCUUUUGAACUUGACAUAUUAAUGUCAACAAAAUCCAUAGUAUUUACUUAAAAAAAAAAAAAAAGCUGCUUCUGCAGCUGUGGCAAAAUAGCUUUUGGGAGCUGACUCCUGGGACAUAUUGACUCCUCCCAAAUGUCUUUUUU